GGGAGAAGCGGCGGCAGGAGUCCGAGGCGAGGCGAGGCGGGGCCCCCCUGGCUCCCGGCGACGGCGGCCCCCGGCUUCCUUUUGCCUUCUCCGCCCCCUCCCCCGGGGGGCUUUAUGUUGCUGCGCUGGGGGAGGAUGAACGGAGGAUAAAUGGUGCCCAAGGCAGACAGCGGCACCUUCCUCCUCCUCUUCCUCCUCGUACUCAGCAUCACCGAGCCGUUGCGGCCAGGUGCACGACUAGCUCUAGCAAGACUUCUUUCAGAGCUGCGCUGCAUCCCAGGACAAUUUACUUGUCGCAGUGGCUCCAUCCAAUGCAUCCCAUUGAACUGGCAGUGUGAUGGAUGGCCCACCUGUGAGGAUGAGAGUGAUGAAGUUGACUGCCCAAAUUUUACGGGCGACCAGCGAACGUACCACGUGAAGGAGAAUGUGGAUUCCAGGCACAAUCGUGGCAGAGGAGGGGACACAACCCGCUUUCACACGGUCAAUGUGGCACAGCCAGUUCGAUUUAGUAGUUUCCUAGGGAAGUGCCCGUCAGGAUGGCAUCACUACGAGGGCACUGCCAGUUGCUACAGGGUGUACUUAAGCGGCGAGAACUACUGGGACGCUGUGCAGACAUGUCAGAGGGUGAAUGGAUCCCUGGCCACCUUUACCACCGACCAGGAGCUGAAGUUUAUCUUGCAGCAGGAGUGGGACUCUGAAGAUAAGGCCUUUGGGAGAAAGGACCAACGUAGGUUCUGGGUUGGAUAUCAGUAUGUCAUCACCAACCGAAAUAAUUCUCUAGAAGGCCACUGGGAAGUUGCUUAUAAAGGUUCAUCAGAAGUCUUUCUGCCCCCUAAUCCCACGUUUAGUACAUCUGUGUCUGAUAACGAAAACAUCCUUUGCGCCCAGUUCCAGUGUUCCCACUUCCCGACCCUUCGCCACCGCGGUUUUCACAGCUGGUAUGCUGAAAACUGCUAUGAGAAAUCUCCCUUCCUUUGCAAAAGAAGCCAAACCUGCGUGGAUAUUAAAGACAAUAUCGUCGACGAAGGCUACUAUUUCACCCCAAAAGGAGAUGACCCCUGUUUGAGUUGCACGUGCCACAAUGGUGAGCCGGAGAUGUGUGUGGCGGCCUUGUGUGAGCGGCCUCAGGGCUGUCAGCAUUUUCAGAAAGAUCCCAAGGAGUGCUGCAAAUUCACUUGUGUAGAUCCUGACGGCAACAGUUUAUUUGACUCCAUGGCAAGCGGCAUGCGUCUCAUUGUCAGCUGCAUCUCCUCCUUCCUUAUCUUGUCCCUGCUGCUCUUCAUGGUCCACCGGCUGCGGCAGAGGCGCAGGGAGCGCAUUGAGUCCUUGAUUGGCGCAAACCUGCACCACUUCAACCUGGGCCGCAGGAUGCCCGGCUUUGAUUAUGGCCCAGACGGCUUUGGAACUGGACUCACUCCGCUGCAUCUUUCCGACGACGGGGAAGGCGGAGCGUUUCACUUCCACGACCCUCCUCCGCCCUACACAGCUUACAAAUAUCCAGAUAUUCAGCAUCCGGAUGACCCACCUCCACCUUACGAGGCUUCCAUCAACCCAGACAGCAUCCUUUGCUCCCCUCCAGAUGGAAUCCGUUCUCAGACAGGACAGGACAACCCGCUGUCACUAGGAAACGGGGACGGAUCUCCGCCGCUCACAGAGGAGUCUCUUCCGCCUUCCGUCGGCCCUUCCCCGGUGGAGCUGGAAGACUCGGCCGACAGUAGCACCUUCCUCGUACCUCCCGGGACGCCCUUAAGCGAAUGCACGCCGGCAGAGACCCUCCCAGGCAGCCGCCACAGUCACAGUUCUCUGAACACCAUUGUAUAAAAGGAAAACAAUUAAAAGGGAGCACAAACAAACAAGAACCCUUACUGCCGGUCAGAAAUAAAAAAUUUUGAGCAACUGUUUGCACAGCAGAGGUACGGACGGACACGGAUCCAUGGAUUGAACUUCAGAAAUAAGCUCUAGUUCUCCUUCUUUUUUUUUGAACACUACUUUUAUGUUCUAGCUUAGAAUUGUGCCUCUUGGCUAUUGCUGUCAUUUCCAUUCUGGUCGGGUCACCCUCUUUAAAAAAAAAAAAGGAAUCGUGAGAGCUGCACUUUUUCUACUGGCUGUGGAAAAGGAGCAGAGGACGUUCGCUUUUUUUAAAACACACACACAAAACGUUUGUUUUUAAAGAGGAAGAAGUGCGUGGAUAGCUUUUUUGUUUUUUGGUCCUCACCCCCUUGUAAGUCUCAGAAAAGAAAAUCAUGAGAUGUACAUUGGAUGGAGACGUUCCUUGGAUGUUGGUGCUCCACAGUUGGGAAAGGCAGAUACUGAACAGAAGGGUAUAGAGUGGCCCGAGAUACUCAGUGCCCCAGGCUCUAAUUCUUACUCCUCAAGCACAGAAAAUUAGACUUUGGUGCUGCUCUGUGUUCCUUUGAACAGAAGACAGAACUCUGGCAGAUAGAAACGUGAGCCAAAGAAAGAGAGAGAGACACACACACAAACACACACCGAGGCACAGGUUUUGAUCUUCACACCGCUUCCAUCACUGCCUUGAAAGGGGCGGCGAGGGUGAAGGGGUUGGUUGAACGCUUGGCUCUUCCCUAGAAGCAGGUGUGAAGAUCCAAAUGUAGGCUAGCAAGGAACAACCUGUUUGCUUAGCUGCGGAACCGCAAGUCUUUUCCUGCGGCUGUUAAACUCAGCGAUCCACAAACAAGAAAAUGGCUUCUAAGAGGCAUGGUGCGGUGUUCGGUUCUGGGAAAGAGAUGGUGUGGAGUAACUUCACAACUUGAAGGGGUGGCGGGGCGGAGAAAUCAGUUAGUGGGUCCUGGUGAAUCAGGACUCGUCCCCCUUUAACACUUUAAUUCUGGUUUUCAUUUCAAGUAGUUAGAUUGACACUGUUUACUUUAUGCCAUGGGGUUCAUUGAAGCCUUAAGUUAUAAUUUUAAAUUUAGACAAUGCGGAAAAUAAUAUUGGCCUGGGUAUCACAACAGUGAGUAUUCUUAAUAGUCCCUGUUGCCGUCAUGACUUGGGAACUGACUUAAAGGCGGUUUCCUUUUUUUUUUCUCUGCCCACCUCUGCCUUGGGCCCUGACAUUGGCAAAGUUGUCGCUGGUUCUGUUUAUCGUUACCUGACUUGGGAUAGGAAUUGGUGGAGCUAGGAGCGCUCAGAAGUCAGGUGAGCUCCCCCCCCACCAAGUGAUCUCGAAAAGAGCGUGUAAAUAAUUCAGAAUGGAGCUCACCCAACGUCAGCCGUUUUCCCAGUUGGAGACCUUAGCCAGGUUGAGUUGGAGGAGGUUUCAUUCCAGGUGUUCCUGUUGCCUUAUGAAAGGCCAAAAGCCUAGAGGGACGGGAAAGGAACACAGGGGGUGAUGGUGAGGCGCUGCUGGUUAACCAAGGUGGUUCAAUACCUAUCUUCUCUGGGUGCCUUCCCGUUUCAGCUGACUUUUCCCUGCCACUUUUCAUUUGGAAUCUUCCCGUCGACACUUUUGGCGGAGGUUUGGCUCCUGGUCAGAGUUCCGCAGAAAGGGCGGUAUCCAACUGCGUCAUUCCGCUAGCGGUAAUGACGUUGCGCUGCUGGAAACUUAAGUUCCGAACUGCGCGCAAGAGGCGAGUCCAGCGGAAGUUCCAUUAGCGCCAGCGCAGUUGUGCUGCCGAGUGCGCAUUCCGCCUGGGCAACCGCUUGCGCAAGCGCAACGCACAACCGCUCGCACGGCGGAAAGUUUCGCCAGAGCUCCGCCGGUGCUGUUUGAGUUUGCGGAACGACACCGUUGGAUACUGCCCAUGGAUUUGCAAUUUUUCCACCGCAUGGGCUGCGUUUAAAGAAACGGCUGUAGCUCAGUGGCAGAGCACUUGCUUUGCAUGCACAAGAUCCUGGGUUUAAGCCCUAGCAUCUCCAGGUGGGGCUGGGAGAGAGCCGUGUCCGAAACCGUAGAGAGACGCUGCUAGUCAGGACUGGCUAUGCUGAGGUCCAGGGUCUGGCAGCUCCAUAUGUUCAUCUGUCUGGUGAUAAUCACUUGCAAACAAUCAUAAACCCACCGGAGACAAUGUUACGGUGCAGCAAUCAUGCGAAUGUCCAAGCAUGUUAGGGAACCUCUGUUGGGAAAUCCUCAUCUUGGGAGAGAUUGCAGACCUCGCCCGUUGCCUGACAUAGGGCGGAAUCACACGAUUGCUUUUCUCUCGCAGCACAGUGGCUGCUCUUUGAAGUUGCCCCGUGGGGAGGACUGUGUGGACUUGUAAAAGGGCUCCACGUGGAACGAGCAGCCGUGGAAUGGAGAACCCUCCCCCUCUUUUCCCCUCCGUGCUGUUUUCACACGAAGUCCGCAGUGAGACAGAUGCAGGUCCGCGUAAAUCUCUCUCCCCUGGACGGUUGCAGAAACUGCCGCGGGGCCGUGGAAGAAAGCCCGUCUCGUGGAUUCUCUCAAUCUCAGUCUCCUCUCCACCUCCCGACGCUACCCCAGCCUGUUCUGAACCGUCAGUCAGGAGAGCAAUCCUUCCUCCAGAGGACAUGGCAGCAUCUUCUGCCUUGACAGUUGAGAGUCCUGGUAUGGACGGACAGCUGUGGCCAGAGAUGCGCGUUGAGCUUAGAUACCGAGCGUUUCUGAAGUACGAAAAAUAAAAGCGGGUUUAUGUGCGUUUUUAGCACACUCAUAAGUUUUAUACAUUGUAUGUACUGACUUUUUUCUUUCGUUUUAUAUGUGCGUGCGUGUGUGUGAGAGUGUGUGUGUGAGGUGCUGAUCAUACCUACAUCCACUGUAGCUUGUGAUCGCAAGCAAAGCGCAGCAGCAGCAUGAGAUGGGGCGCCGGUGCCCAUGCUACGGAGUCCGCCCUUGGAUCCAUUUGCGCAUGUCCGAGUGUGGAAGCGUAAGGAAGAUGCACAGCCAGCUAUGCCGUACGGUCUUAAAUAGCAAAACUUUCAUGUGUCGGGUUUCAUUUCCUUUCUCCGAAGUUAAGAGUCGGAUGUUCACUUACGUCGUGGUUUUCCUAAAUGCAAUAACGAGAGCUUUUUUUAAAAUUACUUCUUACGGAAGUGGAGCGUUGUUCAUGUUGACCAGCCGUUUGGACAGAUCGUCCUAGGCGGCCAUUCCUACAGACUUCAUUGCGUGCAUGUGCCGCUACGGCUGGGUGGCUGAGAAGCUCGCGCCACUCUUCAAGCGCUACUGAGCAGGCUUCUUCAACGCCGUUUUUCCGAGAGCCGACAUUUAUAUUUAUCCAUUAAGGUCAUCGAUGAAUUUUAUCUUGUGACACCUCUUGGGGUGACGGUGUUUCCAGGUGGACUGCCAAAGUCCAUCAUUACAGUUGCAUGGACAAGGGGCAGAACCAAACCCUGAUGCUAAUCGAUUCCACUUGCAUUGAUGUAUCUGUUUUUGCACUGCUGUUGAUAGGGAAGCACUCGCCUGCAAGCCCUCCAAUCAGUCGUGUAGUCCUCUGCUUAUUUUUAGUCCUGUUCUGCAUCUUUCUUUUCCGUAGAAUGGAUUCAGCAGUCAAGGUUCUACAUACUUUUUCGUGGGUCUCCAAUUUGGGCUCUUUUGUCUUUAACGGCAUCUAUCCACACGCAAACCUCUCUUGUAGUAAACCUUGGAGUAAAUCUUUGCAGUUGACUUUAUCACUCCUGAGACUACAAGGAUCAACUACAGGAAGUGAUCGUGUCUGAGUGCAGUUUACUUUGAUGAUGGGGGACCAAUUAUAUUCACUUGUGGGGCGGGGACUUAUUUUUAUGGCGUCCUUUUGCUUGUUCCUUUAAUGGCGAUACGCCGCCUGUUCAUUUCAAGACAUUCACGUUUUAGCCAACCGCGUAGAAAUUGCUUUAGUUUGAAUAGUUCCAUGUGGUGGCUGUGACAUUUACAACUGACAGGGAUCUGCUGGAAAGGGAAUCCAUUGCCAGGAAGAAGGACAUGAUGGUGAAGAUCAUAGAAUCAUAGAAUAGCAGAGUUGGAAGGGGCCUACAAGGCCAUCAAGUCCAACCCCCUGCUCAAUGCAGGAAUCCACCCUAAAGCAUCCCUGACAUGCUUGUCCAGCUGCCUCUUGAAGGCCUCUAGUGUGGGAGAGAUGGUUGUUCCUUCACAGUAUAUAGGUGAAAACGUAGGUUUUAAAACCCAUGCUCAUCACAUAUUUCUAUAGAGGGAUGUUGGGCCUUCUGAUUAGAUACUCUAAGCAUGAUCCAGCCAAAACAAAGCACUCUUCCCUUCCGUUCGAGUGUGAGAGUAAACGACAUAUUUAAACCUCCCCUGUUGAAAUAAGUGUAAUGUAAAAACACUUAAUGUGUUUUUUCCCUACCAGGGGUCCAACUCCCAUCAUCCACAAAUGUGUGACAUGUACCACCUCCCUAUGACUUUGGAGGCUUUCUAACAACAGCAGCAACAGUCUGUUCAGGUAAUGUCACUGCCCUCUGUUUGCCUUAUGCCCCUGGCUGUGGCAAGAGCACCUGGAACCUUUAUAGGUCUGAACAGAGUAAGCAGGGUUGAGGGAUACGGCGUUGUGGCGAAGUUAUCUCUCAGAUGAUGCCACAGGCUUCACUAAAUCCUCAAAACGGGAGUUAUUUCUUCGUAGGUUAAAAGGCAGCAUUUGCAGAUGGAAAAUAAAGAUAACAUACAGAUUAUCUACUCAGGAGCAAACCACACUAACUAUCACCCUGGGGUCUUUUGCGAAGUGAAACAAUUCUGUGUGGGACAAGAACAGGCUUAGAUGGAGUCCACCCCCCUCUCUUUUUCUCUUUUCUCUUCGUUCUCUCUCUUCCCCCCCCCCCCCCCCCCCGGCACAUUUGGGGUGCCAAGAUUGGAAAAAGCGUAAUGAAAAAUCAUGGACUGUGUUUCUCUUCCUCCCAUCUUUCAGUGCUACAUUAUAGAAUGUUUCCCCUUUUUUUCCUCCAAGGCAAACUUCCAACAAUUUAUAGGCAUUUUACCAAAAUCCCAUCCAAUGUCUUGAUUGUAGUCCUGUCUGUCUGUCUGUCUGUCUUCCUUUCUUCAUCAAUCUGAAGUGUUAUUAGAAAACAAGCAAGAUUGGGUUAAGGAUUCCAUGUGUAAAACCUCCACCCCCAAAUAUUACUUCAAACACAACAUUUUUGGCAGUUCAUGCAUUCAGUUGCGAACCAGUAAGUAACUAUUGAUAAAUAUUUCACUCAGUCCUACAACUUCACAGCUGAACCAGCGCUUGGGACUGAGGGUGGGUGAGCAGCUGAAACCAAAGCCCCCAAAUGCAACGUUAAUUUGAUACGAACGGUUCUUUGCCAUGAGUUCCCGCGUAUUAAAUUAAAGCAUGUUUUGACCGUUGCGUGUAUUAAAAUGGCACUUCCCUUGUAUGAACUGCACUCAGCGAGCUGUAUUUUGCUUUCUAGCGUUUUGCUGUUGAUUUUCUAUGGGAAGAUAUUUUUGUGCUUUUUAAAAAAAUGUUUUAAUUGCACCUAAGCCAGAUUCGUUUUAUUUUCGUUUCGAGACAGAAGCUCUUAUUCUGUACGGGCUCCUGGAUCUUGUUCCUAAAUGCAUGUAUUAGAAGUAUGCUCCAUUUCAUUCCAGUUCUUGUUUUUUUCCUCUCUCCAACUGGAUGUUGUGUCCAAAUGGGUGAGUGGGUAAGAUUCCUUUACACGCCCCCCUCCCAAUUUGGAGAACCAGGACUGCAAGAUGCCAACGCACUUGCGGGUUGCACAUUCUUCCUCGAUUCAUUUCAGCAGCACUGGCAAGGGGCGGCGAGGGCGAGGGCUUCUCCACGGCACUUAUUGGGCUGGGUGAGCUUGACCGACUUGAAGCAACCCCAGCUGUCUCCAGAAGCGAAGAUGAUCAGGGAGCCAACGUGUUCUGAGAUGGAUUGCGUUGCCAGUUCCAUCCCUCCCCCUUCCUGAAGUUGAUUUUUUUUUUUGUAGCAAUGAACAGCUUGUUCAGACAUUUUGGGGAAGCUCUUUUGUUUAUGGGAAGACCCCAAGGGCUGUAGCUCAAUGGUAGAGCGCACGCUGUACAUGUCAAAGACCCAAGGCUCACUCCCUGGGCUUCUCCAGAUAGGACUCUGAAACUGGAGCCCUGUAGACAAUACUCAAUUAGAUGGACCAAUCGUUUGACUUGAUAUAAGGCAGCUUCCUAUAAUCAAAUCUUUGAUGACCAUGCUUUUGCCUUGUAGGCUGAAUGUAUGCCUGGGAGGUGUGCUCUGUGUGUGUGUGUGUGUGUGUGUGUGUGUGUGUGUGUGUGUGUGAGUGA